AUGGGCUGUUUUAAUACUGUUUGGAGUAAAGCAAAAUCAAAAGUCCAGUCAUGGCACAAGACAGAGUUUAUCCCAAGCAAGGUUCGGGACCCUAUAUUUGGGAACAUAAUAACUAUGUCCAUAGCGGAAACUGCAGCUUAUAGAAUCAUCAUGCAAGAUGUGAGAGUGGGUCUAUUACCUUCAUAUGCGCCAUAUUUGCUGAUAUCAAUCGUCGCAAUGUUCGAGGCAAUACUUGGCCCUUUAGUUGCGUGGUGUGGAUACAAGACACGGAAGAGAAUGUUGCUUGGCUGGUCAUUUGGUUUCAUCUUGGCUUCUUUUUGCUGGUUUACAAUCCCGUCACCCGAUAAACUUGAGGAGUCAGAAUUUUGCGAAUAUCCAACUGUCAACACAUAUAUUCUCUUCGUCGGUCUACCAGCUCGGACAGCAGUGCGGAUGGUCGUGACAGUAUUUGUAGCAAUAUGCUUCUGUCUGGCGAGGGUGGCCACAUGGAGCCAUUACAUAGCUUACGCAGAUGACCAAGAUCCUAACAAAACUACUGUUGCCUUUGGACUCCUUGUUAUCGCUCGAGUAAUACCCUUUAUUUAUGGUUAUAAGAUGCUGAGUAUGAUUGUAGAGGUGACCGUCCUUCUAAAGAUCCUCAUUAUAACACUAACAACACUCCUAAACAUAGCAAAAAUUUAUUUCGUUGUACCUACAUCUGAGCAACAAAUCGAAGCGAAAGCACCUCCGAUGGAAGACAGAGGUUUCUUCAGGAGUUUGUUUCGAGUGCUGUGUAAUGUUCUCGCUAUGUCCCAAAUGCUGUCCGUGGCGCUACUCGCUGCUGCCUUCUGGGGAUUUGGGUUUAACGAAGAAGAGAUAGUCAAGACAAACUUCGACAUUAACGCCUCGAAUGCAGGCAUAAUCGAUCAUCAUGUGGAAUUCUUUCGUUAUCUAUGUGCGAUUCUUGGUGUAGUGUACAUUGGCGUCAAGUAUUCAUCACCAAUACGGACUAACUAUGAAAUACCCAGGGCCCUCAAGCACAUCUCUAAAAUGACACUUAUCGCUGCAAUUAUGUAUAUAGUUAUUGUUAUGGUGCCGCCAUGUAAGAAGGGUCACGUAGCUGGCUUAGAAAACAGCAAUGUAUACACGCAUCCUCAAUGCAGUUUGUCGUGUGGUUGCGUGCCAAAAUGGAAUGAGUACAAUCCUGUGUGUGUAGUGGACACGAUGACGACCUACCUUUCACCAUGUGAGGCUGGCUGCACAGGUUCCUUUGCAAUUGACAAUUUAAUGGUAUACUCCAACUGCAGUUGCGCAGGUCCUUCAGGGCGAGUGGCACCGGGAGCUUGCAGUUAUUUCAACUGUCAGACUGGAUAUAAUUUGCAUAAGACAGCUUAUGCAGCAAUCGUGAUUUUGUCAGUGCUGGCGUUCCAGUCACAAGGUAUGGUGAUCCUCAAAUCUGUGGACCCUCGUGAUAAGUCCAUCGCCAUGGGAAUGAUGUGGUCUGUCAUUGCAGCUGUUUCUUACGUCUGUGCUAACAAUAUCUUCUUGUCUAUUGCAUGGAAAACAUGCAGUUGGUACACAGGAGACAAAUGCCAACUUUACGAACAGAGAUUCUCUUAUAUAAUCGGAUUUACCUGCGCAGGACUCGUGUUUAUAGCAUUAGUUAUAAACUUCGUAGCCAUAGGAUACCUGAGAUUAAAAAACAGAAGAGCAGAAAAUAGAAACGGAGAUAACGAAGAGAGAACUGUUAUAGAAUAG